UCACUCUCUCUCCAUAAAAAAAACUCACUCUUUUAUUUACUUACUUUCUCUCUCAUCAGUAAAGGACAAUACAACAGCUCCUUUCUUCUCUCCAUGGCAGCAGCAGCUACAACAGAGCAAUUCAAAACACAAACUCAAAUUAAACCUAAACGUCGAAAACGCCGUGAAACCACCAUCACAACCUCGGCCACCACCACCGCAACAGAUCUACCCCUCCUCCUCCACCACCACCAACAACCUACUAUUGUAUCGCCGGAUAGUUCUUGGUGUUGCUCCGUCUCAUCAAAUUCAAAACCACAACCUCCUCCUACUAAAAUCUCUUCACCUCCAUCAUCAAAUUUCACAGCCACUACUACUCAAACAGAUCAAAAACCACAGAAACCGAGGAAUUCUUCACCGAGUAAAUCAACAUUUAAGCUUAAUUUCUCAUCUCCGGGAAGAGUUUCACCGUUAAUGGAUUCUUCUUCUGGUUCUGUGUCAUCUCCUUCUUAUGUUGGUGUUGUGAAUGGAAUCGGCGGCGGAGGUGGUGGUAAUGGUGGUGUUGUUGGUGGAGGGAAUCCGUAUGUGUCUUAUCCAUCAAGUUAUAGUAAAUUCAAUUCAGCUUUAAAUGCUGGUUUACUAAACCCAAAUUCACCACCACCUGAUAAAACUAGAUCAAGUCCGACGUUAUUCGAAAUGAUGUCUAAUGAACAAGAUAUUAUUCAUCCAAGACCAAAUAUUACUAGUAAUACCCAUAUUCAACCGCACCAGAACCCGAAUAAUCACCAUCCUCAGUACAAUAAUGUUCCAUUGAUUAAUGGGAAACCUUCGAUUUCAAUUCAGGAUAGACAGAUUAUGUUGCAGAGGAGACUGGAAGAGAUUACUUCGAUGAAUAACGAUUCGAAUGGUGGUGUUUAUGGUGGGAUUCGAUUUAAUGAUUUAAUUGGUAGUGAUGUGAAAUUAACAUUGAGUUCUAAAGAUGGAUUAAGUGUUACUAUGAAUGUUCAUAGACAAAUACUUGUUGCUAACAGUAGGUUUUUUGCUGAUAAAUUGUCUGAUAAAUGGUCUAAACAACAAAGAUCAUUACCUCAUAUUGUUGAGAUUUCUGAUUGUGAUGAUGUUGAAGUUUAUAUUGAGACUUUGAGAUUGAUGUAUUCUAGUAAAGAUCUUAAGAAGAAGCUUAUGAGAGAAGAUGUUUCUAAAGUACUUGGGAUUUUGAAGGUUUCAGCAGCAAUUGAGUUUGAUGCUGGGGUUUUAUCAUGUUUGGAGUACUUAGAGGCUGUUCCAUGGGCAGAAGACGAGGAGGUGAAAGUUGCUUCUAUAUUGUCACAGCUCCGUCUUGAGGGGUCUGGAGCAGGGGAAGUUCUAAAAAGGGUGUCUGUAGAAGUUGUUGCAGGUCCAGAGGAGGUAAGCAACAGUGAAGAGGUCCUUCUUAAGCUUUUACAAGUAGUUCUUGAAGGUAAAGAUGAAAAAGCAAGGAGAGAGAUGAAAGGGUUAGUUUCAAAACUGCUGCGAGAAAAUUCAUCUCAGAAUGAUCUUAGUAAGGAGUCUUUGUAUUCUGCUUGUGAUGAAUGUUUGGAAUUGCUACGGGUGUAUUUCCUUAGAGCAGCAACUUCUGAUUUACAGGAUGUGAGCCAGAUUUCAAGACAAGCAGAUAAUUUGCACUGGAUUCUUGAUAUUUUGAUUGAUCGACAAAUUGCUGGGGAUUUUUUGGAGACAUGGGCUAAUCAAUUUGAGUUAGCAGAGGCACAUACUAAAGUUCCUGCAAUUCAUAGAUACGAAGUGAGCCGAGUCACAUCCCGUUUAUUUGUUGGAAUUGGUAAAGGACAGAUAUUGGGUUCCAAAGAAGUGAGAUGUUUGCUUCUGCGGACGUGGUUGGAUCCAUUUUAUAGUGAUUUUGGGUGGAUGAGAAGGGCAUGGAAAGGUUUAGAUAGACACUUAAUCGAAGAUGGACUUAGUAACACUAUUCUUACUCUACCAUUAGCUUGGCAGCAAGAGAUUUUACUAGCAUGGUUCAACAGAUUCUUAAACUCGGGUGAAGACUGCCCAAAUAUACAGAGAGGAUUUCAAGUAUGGUGGAGACGAGCUUUUUGGAGAAGAAAUGGUGAAUCUGAAAGACCUCGACUACUUAGAAUUGCUGCUGCAGCGUGUGAGAACCCGUAAAGCUUGCAGUUUAACAAUCUGAAUCCCAUUUCAUAUUUUUAGACGAUGGUUUUAGUCGUCUUCCUUUCCACAACUCACAGGUAAAAGAAUGCAACUCAGAGGAUGAAUCAACUUUUUUCAGUCAGUCAGUUGGACUCUCCAAACCAGCUAUUGUGAGUGUGGGUUAAGGAAAAUCAGUUAGCAGAUUUGGUCAUGGAUUGUUACAUUAGAGAUUAUGACUUGUGGAGGGGUAUACGAGCUAAUCCUGGUUACGGGUUGUUUGUUGUGAUGUAUCAAGAAUAAUGGUUUCUUUCAAGGAGGUUGGAAACAGAUAUUCAAAAGAUUGUGUAGCCGAGUAUCCGAAUGUCUAGCAGGUAAUCGGAGACAAAAUGUUGUUGUUGAUUUGGUUGGUUGUGCUGUAACAGUUCAUUCAUUGGUAUACAAAUUUGGCAGUGCAUCUUAAAGAAGAUAGACCGGGGAUUUGCGGGUUUGUAUUGCUUUGCUUUUCUCUGCUUUGCAUAUGCUUAUGAGUUCUAUAUUUUCUGAGUUACUUUUUUGACAGAGAUUCACAAUAUUUACAGUAUUAGUCUCUUUAUGCCCUGAAUCACUGCUUUCCAUCGUGUUUAAAACCAAAGUUUUCUUCUA